AUGUCAGAUCACGAAGAAAUUAAAAACGAAAGGCGUCCAUGGAUUGAUCAGAUUCAAUCGUUCAAUGAACUAUAUCGUGAAGAAGAAAACAAAGUAGAAGUGAGCCCAGGAAUAAAACUGGGAUGGGUCAAAGGCGUGUUGAUUCCAUGUCUACUCAGCAUCUGGGGCGUGAUGCUUUUCUUGCGGAUGCAGUGGAUUUUAGGACAAGCUGGAAUAUUUCAUUCAAUCAUUAUUAUUUGUAUUGCGCUGGUUAUAAUUCUAAUCACCACUUUUUCACUGUCUGCGAUCAGCACAAAUGGAAAAGUAAAAGGAGGUGGUCUUUAUUUCAUUAUUUCCCGAUCAAUUGGUCCGGAAAUUGGAGCGUCAAUUGGUAUUCUAUUAGCAUUUGCUAACACAAUUUCUGCGGCAAUGAACACAAUUGGAUUUUGUUUAUCUUUAAAAUCAUUACUAAACUCAAGAGGUUCAGAAAUAAUAGAUUCAAAUUUAAGUUUCAGAGCGUUAGGAGUAGUGUCUAUAAUAAUUAUGAGUAUACUUUGUUGUAUUGGCAUGGAUAGAGAAGCUGAAGUACAAAACGCUCUUCUGAUAGCCAUAAUUGUCGGUAUUUUUAACGUAAUUAUUGGCUCAAUUAAUGGCCCACAAACUACUUUAGCAAAGGCAUCAGGAUUCACUGGAUUUAACAUGGAUACCUUCCGAAAAAACUGGUAUCCAGACUAUAGGGUGGAAAAAGGUGUUCAGCAAUCUUUUUUUACAAUUUUCGCAGUUUUCUUUCCAUCUGUAACUGGUAUACAAGCUGGAGCAAAUAUAUCGGGGGAUCUUAAAGAUCCUAGUGCUUCAAUACCUAAAGGAACACUAUUAUCAAUUCUCAUUACUAUAACUUCGUAUAUUGUAUUAAUAGUAGUACCUGGAUCGGUUCAAUUGAGAGAAGCGAGCGGCAAUGAAACCGAAUAUCAAAAUGGAUCUUAUUUAGAUUGUUCGUUUAAAAAUUGCACCAAAGGAUUGUACAAGGACAAGGAUCUGAUGCAGUCGAUUUCGUUGUGGCCGAUUACUAUAUAUUUCGGUUGUUUUGGAGCUACUAUUAGUACUGCUUUAACCGCAUUAAUAUCCGUUCCAAAGUUGUUACAAAGAAUGGGACAAGAUGAUGUUUAUCCGCUUCUUAAAUAUUUAGCAAAAGGCUAUGGGAAAAAUAAAGAACCCUAUCGUGCACACGUGUUGGCCAUGUUUGUGUCAUCGAUAUUAUUUAUUAUAGGUGAAUUAAAUGAUAUUGCCUCAUUGAUCUCAACUAUUUAUUUAUCUGCAUACGCCAUGUUAAAUUUGUGUACAUUUCAUGUUGCAUAUUUCAAACCUUUGGGUUGGAGGCCAACAUACAAGUUUUAUAACAAAUGGUUAAGUCUUGCUGGUGCUAUUGUCUGCAUUGUAGUAAUGAUAUUUAUUGAUCCAAAAAUGUCAGCAAUUGUUGGUUGCGCUAUAUGUGUUAUGUACAUACUUGCUAGUAUAAAAAAUAAAGAGAUUAAUUGGGGAUCUUCUAAGCAAACACAACAAAUAAAAACAGUUAUAAGAAACGUGUACAAGGCCAAUUCUAUUCAAUACCAUAUAAAAAAUUAUUUACCUAAUUUAAUUGUGUUUUCUGGAAACCCUGAGUCAAGAAAAAAAUUAGUUUCUCUAGCUCAUUUGAUUACUAAGAACAAUGGUGUACAAAUGUGUGUCAAUAUUGAAAAGAUAUCGCUCACACCGAGACAAAAGAAAAUUUACCUUGAUAAAGGAAUUCGAUGGUUAAGACGUUCUGGAAUAAAAUCUCUAUAUGUUGUCAUUGAUAACAUAGAAUUGGAUUUAGCAACUCAUAUGAUAUAUAACUGUGGACAUGGGCAACUGAGACCAAAUAUAGCAAUGGUUGGAUACAAGUCUAAUUGGUUAAAUUGCCCUUAUCAAGAUCUUCAGACUUAUUUAAAUAUUUUCAAUGUGGCAAAUAUGAAUGACAUGUCGACAAUCAUGGUUCGUGUGUCAUCAACCGAGAGUUAUGAUGAUCAGAAUUUAUUAAUUCAAGAUUUUGAGCACUUAGACAAAAAUGAAGGCAUUUUGUACAAAACGCAAUCAAAUCAAAAUAUUAGAAAUCAACGAAAGGUGGCUGAUUGCUCUAUAAAAAUAAAGAACAAGGAAUUUUCCUUCGAAAAGAAGAAACGAAAUCAUGGGACAGUAGAUGUGUGGUGGUUGUACAACGAUGGAGGUUUAUCGUUAAUCAUUGCAUAUAUAUUGAAACAUAGUAAUACGUGGAUGAAUUGUAAAUUUCGAAUUUUUGGAGUAACAAACAGAUUUGAGCGUUUGCCUGAAGAAAAACACAAAUUAAAACAAUUGUUAGCAUUGUAUCGAAUUGAUUUCGACUACUUGGAUAUCAUUUUAGCAAACACCACUGGUCCUACAACAAUGACAUAUUUCAAUUUUUUAUUGGAACGCGUUUCUUCCAAAGAGAAUCAAUUUGAUGAUUACAGUUCACAAACAGAAUAUAUUGCCGAAACGUUGUUUUUAAGAGAUUUAAUUGAAUUGCAUUCGUUCAAUUCUGAUCUUAUCAUCUUAACGACUCCAAAAAAUAACGAGGAAAUCAAUAUAUUAUUCAUGUGUUGGAUAGAAACGAUUUCUAGAGGGUUACCUCCGUGUAUUAUAAUCAAUGGGAGUACAGAGCCAGUUCUUACUGUCAAUGCUUAA